AUGAGGAUGAUGUUUUUGGUCACCCUGGUGAUUGGAGUGAUCCUGGGAAUUAUCAUACUUGCAACAGAUCCUGUCGUGAAGAGAAUGAAUACGGACAAAGAACGAAGCUACGUGGCAUUCAACAUAAUCGGAAUAAUAUUUCUGGUUUCUUCCCUACUCUUGAUGUUGCUGUUGCUCUUCUUGUGUGGUCAUCGAUAUAAGCCAAUGAUGCUCAGUAUAAUUGCUUGCACAGCAUUUGGAAUGGUAUCGUAUGCUAUCUCAGUCGGCGUCAUCAGCAGUAUAGCCUCCCUCCCUGCAUCCGCCUGGAUGCUGUCCGCUUUGUGGAUUUGUGUUAUUGCGGUGAUCAUUGCAAUCGUCUUUCUAUUCUCCGACCCCGAGAGUAUUUGA